AUGUUGGCAUUGGACUCGUCGCGUCAACGACAAACAUCAUACUUUCACAGCGUCGCUAUGGACCCAGCAUUGGUCGAUCCAUUCGGGUUUCAAAUGGAUAACUUCGGCGGGUUCGGGCAGACUUCUGAUUCAACCAGCGCCCCAAUAUCUUACUACGAAACAUCGCCUGUCUAUGCUGAUUCACAGCUUGAGGCCAAAACUUCCGGUUUUCCUCCCAUGCCUCCUACUCCCCCAUCCCUUCCAGUACCCUAUUCCACAGAGCCUUAUAUGUCGGGCCUCUCCACUGCAUCUGGACCCUCCAUCGCAAGCGCAUCAUCAUCGGCGAUCGGCUCGCCAUACUCCGGCACUGCACAUACUUUCCCGGAGAGCUGGAUCGAUACUAAUCACGGUAUCGGGCUUCCUGCCGCCGUUAUGGAUGAAUUCUUUCCCAAUGAGUUUAUGGGAAGCUCGUUAGAAGCGGAGGAUAUCUAUGAGAGGAAAGGCCCGGACGACUUUGUUGACCCUUCCUUGAUACAACCAAUGCACCAACAUCCAAGCUAUUCGACUCCUACUAUCACGUUUCCCGAGCCCUCAGGUUACUCAGCCAACUGUGGAUAUUAUCCCCAGUCUCCUGACCCAUCCCAACUCCCCGUUCCCGAGAGCUACUCUGCAGAUCACCUUUCACACACUGGACUCCCUGUCUCUUCUCUUCCGAACUCGGCCCCUCACUCACGCCCCGUUUCCAUCUAUGACCGGAGGUCGUCCAUUUCAUCCAUCCAUUCCCGUCGAUCUCAGCUGAGUCCAGCUGCCAGCGUUGCAGAUUUUGAUGAAGAGAGCAAGGAGAAAGGACGCUGUCCUCAUCCCGAUUGCGGGAGAGUCUUCAAGGAUCUGAAGGCUCAUAUGCUCACUCAUCAGUCAGAACGACCCGAGAAGUGCCCCAUCGUUACUUGCGAAUACCACGUCAAGGGCUUCGCUCGUAAAUACGACAAGAACCGGCACACACUCACCCAUUACAAGGGAACCAUGGUGUGUGGAUUCUGUCCAGGUUCUGGCUCACCUGCCGAGAAAAGCUUCAACAGAGCGGAUGUCUUCAAGCGUCACUUGACCUCGGUGCAUGGCGUUGAGCAAACACCACCCAACUGUCGCAAGAGGAGCCCCGCUGCAGCCUCUGGCAAGAAGGUUUCGGAUUAUUGUCAGGACGCCACUGGCAAAUGCUCAACUUGCUCUGCCACCUUCAGCAACGCACAGGACUUUUACGAGCAUCUUGACGACUGUGUUCUCCGGGUCGUGCAACAAGUAGAGCCUAGUGAGGUUAUCAACCAGCAACGGCUGGCGGAAGUGGACUGCGAUGAGGAGGUCAAGAAGACCAUGGAGAAGCACAAGCUUCUUGAUGCGGCCGGCAAUGUUGACCGCCUCGACGAUGAACACGAAGAAGAGGACGAUGAUUAUAACGAACUCAAUCUUCACCUGCGAUCAAGCAAAGGUUCAUCCAAGUCAAACAAAGGGAAUGCGAGUGUAGGAUCUCGUCCUAUCUUGGGCAGCAACAACGCUGUUACGAAAAAUAGCAAGGCCCGUGCAACCAUUUCAAAAAGGCGCAACAACCGCGAUCGCUACCCUCCUUCCUGGGGCUGCCCGAGCAGCAGCAUGAAGACGAAGAAGCGUGUCUUGUGCGUUUUCGACGGCCAGCGCCGUCUGUGGAAAGAUGAAAUGAUGCUCGACAAUGAGUUCGAAGUACGGCUGAAGCUUCCCGGAGGGGCUGGAGAUGGUACCAACCGGGAGGCAUAUAUAACUGAUCUGGAUGUCGAAACGCUGAAACGUGCUGAAGGCUUGUUGAGCGCCAACGAGGAGGAAAGGGGUCCCUGGUUAGAGGGACCGGCAACCCAUCUCAUGGGACAGCCGGCGAUGAUCCUCCCUACACUUUCUCAUCCUCACGAAGAUGUGGAUAUCGAUGACUUGAUGUCGUGA